AUGGCCCUCAGUGGCGGAAAGAACCGAGAGACCACUUUGAAGCUCCACUGCGGGACCCGGGCAGCCACUGAGGCGCAAGGCCAAGCCAUGUCCGAGUCUGGGGCUGCUACACAGCCUGGCUCCCAGAGCAAAGAUGACAAGGACCAGAGCUGCAGCCACCUCGUGAUGGGCACGUGGCAUGAGCGGGAUGUAGACUAUAACCGAACUGAGGUCCUGAGUGGCCGAGCACCAGAGCCGAGGCUGGACAGCGAGGUGGUGGUGGUCCAGGAGGGAGCCGGGCCCCCUGACCCCCCCCCCGGGUGGAAUGGCAGAGUGGAGCCCCCCGGGAGGCUGGGGCCUCCUGAGGGCGGGGUCUCCGUGUCUGGUUCGCUCCGGGCCGCGUGUGGAGGUGCAGCGCGUCUGCUGGGACGGGAGGAGGGAGAGCGUUACCGGCGGGGUCUGGGCCCGGGGGGUCCGCCUAAGGCCCGCCGCAGUGUGUGGGUGCUUGACUUCCUGCGGGGUGAUUGUGAGGGAGCCCUGCCUUCCUGUCUCUCCCCUCCCCCAGCCGAUAUCAUCUCUACUGUGGAGUUCAACCACACGGGAGAGCUGCUGGCCACAGGCGACAAGGGUGGCCGGGUCGUCAUCUUCCAGCGGGAACCAGAGAGUAAGAAUGCGCCCCACAGCCAGGGCGAGUACGACGUCUACAGCACCUUCCAGAGCCACGAGCCCGAGUUUGAUUAUCUCAAGAGCCUGGAGAUAGAGGAGAAGAUCAACAAGAUCAAAUGGCUCCCGCAGCAGAACGCCGCUCACUCCCUGCUGUCCACCAACGAUAAAACUAUCAAGUUGUGGAAGAUCACGGAACGAGAUAAGAGGCCUGAGGGCUAUAACCUGAAAGACGAAGAAGGGAAGCUCAAGGACCUGUCCACGGUGACGUCGCUGCAGGUGCCCGUGCUGAAGCCCAUGGACCUGAUGGUGGAGGUAAGCCCACGGAGGGUCUUUGCCAAUGGCCACACCUACCACAUCAACUCCAUUUCCAUCAACAGCGACUGUGAGACGUACAUGUCGGCGGACGACCUGCGCAUCAACCUCUGGCACCUGGCCAUCACCGACAGGAGCUUCAACAUCGUGGACAUCAAGCCGGCCAACAUGGAGGACCUCACGGAGGUGAUCACCGCCUCCGAGUUCCACCCGCACCACUGCAACCUCUUCGUCUACAGCAGCAGCAAGGGCUCCCUGCGCCUCUGCGACAUGCGGGCGGCCGCCCUGUGCGACAAGCACUCCAAACUCUUUGAGGAACCUGAGGACCCCAGUAACCGCUCCUUCUUCUCAGAAAUCAUCUCCUCCGUGUCCGACGUGAAGUUCAGCCACAGCGGCCGGUACAUGCUCACCCGGGAUUAUCUCACGGUCAAGGUCUGGGACCUGAACAUGGAGGCGAGGCCCAUCGAGACCUACCAGGUGCACGAUUACCUUCGCAGCAAGCUCUGUUCCUUGUACGAGAACGACUGCAUCUUCGACAAGUUCGAAUGCGCCUGGAACGGGAGCGACAGCGUCAUCAUGACCGGUGCCUACAACAACUUCUUCCGCAUGUUCGACCGCAACACCAAGCGUGACGUGACGCUGGAGGCCUCCAGGGAGAGCAGCAAGCCCCGGGCCGUGCUCAAGCCGCGGCGCGUGUGCGUGGGCGGCAAGCGCCGGCGGGACGACAUCAGCGUGGACAGCUUGGACUUCACCAAGAAGAUCCUGCACACGGCCUGGCACCCGGCCGAGAACAUCAUCGCCAUCGCGGCCACCAACAACCUGUACAUCUUCCAGGACAAGGUGAACUCCGAGAUGCACUAGGCCUGCGCGGAGCCCCUGCCGCCC